UUCACCUUUCUUCCUCACAAAAUCCUAUCUCUUAUUCUUCCCCAAUUCUUCAGCUUCCAAUAAUGAGGUCGAACCACGCCGCCAUGUUUCUGGGUAGAAUUUUGUCGAAUUCUUCAUCUAAAUUCUCCACUUUUUCCAUCGCCCCUCCACAUUAUCAAUCAUUUCUUGGACCCAUUUUUCAUUUUGAUAAUGCCAGCUGCCAAAUGAGGAGACACUUCUCCGCCUAUCCCAGAUUCGAUUUUGAAUCUAUACGUGAGCCCAAUGAUGCCGUCGCUCUAUUUCGGAAGAUGAUGAGAACGGAGCCGCUUCCUUCUGUUAUGCUUUUCUCGAAAUUGCUGAGUGCAGUGGUCAAGCUGAAACAAUACUCUGAUGCACUUCAUCUGUUCGACAAAAUGCUUCAGAGGGAUGCUCCUGUAAAUCACUACACGUUGAGUAUUGCGAUUGAUUGCUAUUGCCGACUCAAAAGGCCUGAUUUUGGGUUUGCGAUCUUAGGCAGUUUUUUCAAGCGUGGGUUCGAGCCUGAUGUUGUAUCCUUCAACACUCUCUUGAAAGGCCUUCUGUUUGUUGAAAGGAUCCCAGAGGCAGCUAAAUUGCUGGGGAAGCUGUCGGUCUACCAACUGUGCGAGCCCGAUGAGUACACGUAUAGUACUAUAAUUAAUGGGUUAUGCAAAGCGGGAGAUAUUCUACAGGCGAUUGAUUUGCUCUACUCAUUGGAAAAAGGAAAAGGGAGCUGCAAACCCGAUGUCUAUGCUUAUAGUGUAGUCAUUGAUGGUCUAUGCAAGGAAGGAAAGGUGGACGAUGCUCUCCAACUCUUCUCCUCUUUGGGUGAUAAGGGGAUUUCACCUAAUGUUGUGACAUAUAGUUCAAUAAUUGAGGGGUUGUGCAAUAGGAGAAGAAUGGAUGAGGCUGAAGACAUGUUAAAGAAGAUGAUAGCUGAUCUGGUCUGCCCAAAUGUGGUGACGUGUAAUAUCUUUGUGGAUGCUUGGUGCAAAGAUGGAAAGGUGGAAGAGGCCGAACAUAUGUUGGUAUCUAUGAAGGAGAUUGAUGUUCAACCCAACAUUGUCACUUACAACGCAUUUAUUAACGGAUAUUGUUUGCAAGGGAAAAUGGACGAAGCUGAACGCAUUUUCCAAUUGGCAGUGAGCUCUGGAAUGAAGCCCGAUAUCAUAAGCUACAGUAGCUUGAUGAACGGGUAUUGCAAAAUGGGGCAAGUCGAUGAAGUUUCACGUCUUUUUACCAUAAUUCCUGCUCUAAGAUUAAAGCGCGAUGUGGUUUCUUAUAACAUAAUGCUAGAGGUCUUAUUUCGUGAAGGCAAAUGUGAAGAUGGCUUGAAGCUGUUCAAUGAGAUGGAAGCUCUACAAGUGUCUCCGAAUAUAAGGACUUAUAAUAUCUUGUUGGAUGGUUUGUGCGGAGCUCAUCGUAUUGCUGAAGCUUUUCCGGUGUUGCAUACCAUGGAAGCUCUACAAGUGUCUCCGAAUAUAAGGACUUAUAAUCAUUAUGUAUAUGAAUUCUUGAUUGAAAUCAAGAUCUUUGUUUUGUCUGAGUUUGUAAGUUGA